UCCGUGUGCGCUCGGCAUUUAUCGCGCCACUACUAUUAUUGCUGCUUGUUUAGCGACAGCGCUGUCAACUACGGGCAAAAGCGGCGACGACGACUUAACGUAAGUGAGAGAGAGCGAGAGAGCGAGCGAGCGAGCGCAGCGCCACCCGCCAUCAGCACGACCGCCAUCGCAACGAGGUUCGCUAUUCUGUUCAUCGGGACUAGCCACGAAGAAAUGUCCGUAGGUUCGAGAUUGAUCGUUCGGAGUUCCUGUACGACGAGCAUGGAGGUAGUACCGUUGUGCCUGUAACAAGCGCGAGUGAACCAAGCUCUGGAUUCGGUCUCGUGCAGUCGCGAACGCGUCCCAUCUACUUCCACGCUCAACAUCGGGUCAGCUGCUUGUUCCGCGCUGCCUCCGCUAGGUGUUGGUGUGCGUGCGUGUGUGCAUUAGUAGUCGCCUCGCCGCUGUCGCCGCGAUUGUGAUAUCCGCGUUAACGAAAGCGCAUCUCGCGCGGGCUCGUGUACGAUGGAGCUGCGUGUUGGUAACAAGUACCGGCUAGGACGGAAGAUCGGGAGCGGCUCCUUCGGCGACAUUUACCUAGGUACUAAUAUCUCAACUGGUGAGGAGGUUGCUAUCAAACUAGAAUGCAUAAAGACAAGGCAUCCACAGUUACACAUAGAGUCAAAGUUUUACAAAAUGAUGCAAGGAGGUGUUGGAAUACCAACUAUAAAAUGGUGUGGUUCGGAGGGUGAUUACAAUGUAAUGGUAAUGGAAUUACUUGGCCCAUCGUUAGAGGAUCUAUUUAAUUUUUGUUCAAGACGUUUUACUCUGAAAACAGUUCUACUCCUUGCAGAUCAAUUGAUAAGUAGAACAGAUUACAUUCAUAGUCGCAACUUUAUUCAUCGUGAUAUAAAGCCGGACAACUUUUUGAUGGGUCUCGGAAAAAAGGGAAAUCUCGUCUACAUUAUAGAUUUUGGAUUAGCCAAAAAGUAUCGCGAUGGCCGCACACACAAACACAUACCCUAUCGAGAGAACAAAAAUUUAACAGGGACAGCUAGAUACGCGAGUAUAAACACACAUCUGGGAAUUGAACAGUCACGGCGAGACGAUCUUGAAUCUCUGGGAUAUGUUCUCAUGUAUUUCAACAGAGGUAGUUUACCUUGGCAAGGGUUGAAAGCGGCGACUAAGAGACAAAAGUACGAACGUAUUUCGGAAAAAAAAAUGUCGACUCCUGUGGAAGAACUAUGCAAAGGUUAUCCUCUAGAGUUUUCGUCGUAUCUAAGGUAUUGUCGGGACUUGCGUUUCGAGGAAAGACCGGAUUACUCGCAUCUCCGACAGCUUUUCCGAACGUUGUUUCACGGCCAGGGCUUUACGUAUGAUUACGUCUUCGACUGGAAUAUGCUAAAGUUUGGUAAUGCGAGACAACCAACGUUACCAUCUGCGCAGCAAACGCCUAUGCACUCGCAGCCGUCUAACGCGGCGCUACCUUCUGGGACCAAUAACGAUCAGGAGCACCGAUCAAGGCCCUAUACACGGCAGUGUUUGCCGAACGCGUCUGUAGCGACGGUAGGCCCAACGCUUGGACCGAAUGCUAGUCUACGAGCGAUCCGGCAAAAACGUGAGAUGGAGACCCGUGGCGACCAGGACAAUCAGGACAAGAAUGAUCUUCAAGCAUCGGGUGGCCAAGAACGGAGGGUCAGUAUGCGGUUGACCCGUAGAGAUGCGCUUCUAGCCAAUGCAGCGGAAAUGCAGCCCAAGUCCAAGAAGCGCCAAUGCGACGGCAAUCGCACCACCCACUCUGAUGGUCAGGCGGGCAAGCGUGCAACACAACAAGUGAAUCAGCAUCAGCACUAGCGGGAUCGUCAGCCUCGUGUCCAAGAUCGUUCGUCCGGAGCGACGACCAACGAUUGUCGCCACCGAUACGACGAUGUCGUGUUGCCUUCUGUCGCGAGCCGGAAGUGAACGUCUCGCGCGUGAUAUCGCACGAGUAUUUGGCAAUCGGUGACACGAUGCAACGCAACGUUUUGUGCAACACACAAAAAAAUCGGCGGAGACGUCGGUUACACAACGUUUGUCGAGUGCGUGACAGUGGUGUUUGUUAUAGAACGUCCUCGGUGGAUAUUACAAAAAACUAACGAAAGCAACUGUCUUCGAGUGGAAAACGGAUAAACGAAAGAACCGUCGUUUGUUCUGACGGAUAUGUUGAAGAGACAAGAUGUGCGCGAAUACACAGUGGUGAAAUGCAGCAGCAGAUCUAGCGGCUGAUCAUUUUAGCAACCCAAGAACUAACAGUUUUCGUCAUAAGAUUUGCAAGCGGAAUUUACACUCACGCAAGUCAAGACCAGGAUAUUUCCAGAUCUCUUUAUCUUCUUCCUUUCUUUUCUUUCCUAUCUCAUUAUCUUUCCCUUUCUCACGACUAGUGAGUCUUGUCUCGAAAAACGUGCUCCACCUUUGGCGUUGACGAAGAAGAUGACGAUGUUCAAAUCGUCGAGAUCCUUACAUGUGUAAGAUGAUUACAAAAAAAAAAAAAAAAACAACAAAAAAAACAAAAAAAUCGCAAUUGUGAUCGUUUUAUUUUUGGGACGAAUCGCAAAUGUACAGUACGCGAUUUCGAUGAUGGAUUCUCGCAGUUGUUCAUUAAAUAUAAAUUUUGAGAGACCGUUGAAUUUUCACUGUUUUUGCGGCAAGUUGGUUGUACUAUAGCUAGUUUUGCUUUCUUUUAAUUUAAAUUCCUACAAAUUCAUUUGCGUGUACGUAUGCACAUAAAUAAGAGUAAUAUUCGAUUUGCCGAGUUUAGUAGUAUUUUUAAUUGUUUCUCGAAGGCAGCUUCUUUUAGACAACAAUUGAAGCUGAGUAAACAUUAUAAAAAGAGAAGAAACUAAUAUUAAAAAUGUAAUAUAUAUCAUAAACUUCUAUUCAAUAGAUAUCACGUAUUUCAUUCGGGUGCAAAUUUGUUCUUAAAAAAAAGAGUUUAAUUGUUGCUUUUUUCUAAGAUUAUUUGUGAUAAUCACUCAUAAUUUGUAUAAUCGGUCGUUACUGAAAAUGAUUUCGCGUUUCGCGAGACAGCCAUGCGAGAGUUGAUCCAAUAUCGCGCGAUUAUAUUCUCGAUACAUUUGUAUAAAUGUAGGAUAUUCCUUCGUAUAGAUUACGUGUACAUAGAUCGAACACAUCGGUGACUGAGCAGCUAUCCAGUAUAUAAAGCUGUAUUCGCGGGAGUUGUUCGCCCAGAGCAACAUAAAUUACAUUUUCAAUGGAAGAUAUAGCUCCGUGUUAGUGUCCAGAGAAUUAAGCGCGAUCGUGGAAAAAAUCUCACGAUCGCAAUUACAAAUUUUGCUAGAAAACGUGUGUUUGGCGUCGCCCAUGUUCGUACCUCAAACUCGGUUCGUCGUUGUUCCGGUUGAACUAACGAUAAAUAUAGCUUUCGGGAACGUUUCUGUUCGCGUUGGUGUUGAAAAUGUUGAAUGUUCGAAUUAAUCGAGAUCGUAUGUUUAAUCGUUUUGUUAUUCUCUUGAAGGUACGUUCGAAACGGUUUGGAUACACAAGUAGAUCGAUCGGUUUUAGGAAGCUCUCGAAACGCUCUAUUCUCGGGCCGAUUUGCGAUACGAUACGACGGCAUGUCAAGUCGUUUCUUAUCUAAAAACAAAAAAAGCUCUAGUUAAACGAUCAUACAGAACGUAGUACAACAGGCGCGCAAGGAGGAGACGGGGGAGUAACGUUUAGUUUUAGGGAUAAUUCGUUCGGUUGUGCUAGGUGGUAAGGAGAAA